AUGGCAGCGACAACCGACAUCGACGUGGAUGCGGUGAUCAGCAAACUGCUGGAGGUGCGGGGGAGCCGGCCGGGGAAGCCUGUGCAGCUAUCCGAAGCAGAAAUUAGAGGGUUAUGCCAAAAGAGCAGAGAAAUAUUUAUAGCUCAGCCGAUCUUGCUGGAGUUAGAGGCCCCUAUAAAGAUCUGCGGGGACAUCCACGGGCAGUACUACGACUUGCUGAGGCUCUUUGAAUAUGGAGGCUUUCCCCCUGAAGCUAAUUACCUCUUUUUAGGGGACUAUGUUGAUAGAGGCAAACAAAGCCUGGAAACAAUCUGUCUCCUCCUCGCAUAUAAGAUCAAAUACCCCGAAAACUUCUUCCUCCUCAGAGGCAACCAUGAAUGCGCAUCCAUCAACCGCAUUUACGGUUUCUAUGAUGAAUGCAAGCGGCGGUACAACGUGAAGCUUUGGAAGACGUUUACAGAUUGCUUCAACUGUCUGCCUGUUGCAGCAAUCAUAGACGAAAAGAUCUUAUGCAUGCACGGGGGCCUCUCUCCCGAGUUGAAUUCGAUGGACCAAGUGAGAAGAAUUGCGAGGCCUACCGAUGUACCCGAUACAGGUUUGUUGUGCGACUUGCUCUGGUCAGACCCGGAGAAGGAAAUAGCGGGCUGGGGCGAAAACGACAGAGGGGUUUCUUUCACCUUCGGACAGGACGUUGUGCACAACUUCUUGAGAAAACAUGAUCUAGAUCUCAUCUGCAGAGCGCAUCAGGUGGUAGAAGACGGCUACGAGUUCUUUGCUAAGAGGCAGCUGGUGACGCUCUUCAGCGCUCCCAACUAUUGCGGGGAGUUUGAUAAUGCAGGGGCGAUGAUGUCGGUCGAUGAGACCCUCAUGUGCUCUUUUCAGAUAUUAAAGCCGGUGGAGAAGAAAAAAGGCAUAAGCAAGUGA